CGUCCAGGUGUUGAUAGAGCACCUACCAUCAAGUUUGAAGGUAGAUAACGUCCAGGUGUUGAAAGAACACCUACCGUCAAGUUUUAAGGUAGAUAACGUCCAGGUGUUGAUAGAGCACCUACCGUCAAGUUUGAAGGUAGAUAACGUCCAGGUGUUGAUAGAGCACCUACCAUCAAGUUUGAAGGUAGAUAACGUCCAGGUGUUGAUCGAACACUUACCGUCAAGUUUUGAAGUAGAUAACGUCCAGGUGUUGAUAGAACACCUCCCGUCAAGUUUGGAAGUAGACAACGUCCAGGUGUUGAUCAUCACCAUGAAGUAUCUCGCAAAGUCGUCAAUGUCAGUUGUUGCCUUUACCGCCGUGACGUUAAUAUGCAACAUGACCACUAUCCGAUGUGGCGGCCCUUAUGACUGGAUGAAGCCGGACAAAUUUAACCAGCUGGACGGCUUAUUUCAUUCGGUCAACGCUGGCAACUGUCGGUCGAAGAGCAAGCAACAGUUACUGAUGAGGAGCGACGUGGUCUCACAGCUCCCGGUUUACAAUCAUCUCCUGUCCAAAGUUUGGUACAGAAACAGGACGUCGCUCAUCCACAUCCACAAUAUGGCAUUAAACAGGGCCAUGUUCCACAGGUAGGCAUGAAACAAAGCCAUGUUUCGCAUGUAGGCAUUAAACAUCGAACUGUUUCACAGGUAGGUUUUAAACAGGGCCUUGACUCACAGGUAGGCAUAGAACAGGGCCUUGAUUCACAGGUAGGCAUAGAACAGGGCCUUGAUUCACAGGUAGGCAUUAAACAUGGAAAUGUUUCACAGGUAGGCAUAGAACAGGGCCUUGAUUCACAGGUAGGCAUAGAACAGGGCCUUGAUUCACAGGUAGGCAUAAAGAUGGAAAUGUUUCACAGGUAGGCAUUAAACAGGGCCUUGACUCACAGGUAGGCACUAAGCAUGGCAAUGUUUCACAGGUAGGCAUUAAACAGGGCCUUGACUCACAGGUAGGCACUAAGUAUGGAAAUGUUUCACAGGUAGGCAUUAAGCAUGGAAAUGUUUCACAUUAAUCAAUGCGUUUUUAAAAACACUUUUAUGUAUUUUGUUAAAGUAAAGAACAACAACCAUUGGGUCAGUUACGAAGUACGAGUUAAGGUUAUAUUUAUUUUUAUUUUUUUGCUGGCGUCCGUCCGUCACAAGCACGGAAUCCAAAAGGGUUGGGAUUAUCCUUUUUAGGAUUAUAAGCUGGUUCCCACACUGCAAAUCGUCUCUCACCACGCCGCUGGAUGAGCCAAGGGAACUUCAUAAGUGGAUGGCACAGCUUGGCGCCAGUGGCGUCGAAGGAGGUGUCGGCAUGUUUCAUUGUGUCAAUGUUAUCCGCCAACGGGUCUCCAUCUCCGGCUUUGAAUUCAGGGUUCCCUUCUCUUAGAUGAGUUGUCAUCCAAGUUUAACGAGUCCCAUCCACCGGGGGGGGGGGGGGGGGACUUCUGGUGAUCGUUUUUGCUUGUCGUGGCUUCGGUUGGGGAUUGAAGUCCAGAACACGAACCUUGGAUUGACUCAGUUUAGACCAGCCCCCCAGAGUUAUACAUUUGAAUUCUAACUAUUGUUUCUUUAAGACGCACAAGUUAGUUUUAAAAUUCCAAGGUGAAACUUCAUUAUCGUUUCAGCUACAUACUGCAAAAAAUGAACGACUCUGAAAGUUUUCAUAAACAGCCGGACUGGAGGUAUUUCUACUUCAGCGCCGCCUCUGACGUCAAUGCCAACCCCAACGUGCUCAACGGAAGCGCCUUUUACUUUGACACUGAUUGCCACUAUGCCAACUGGUAAAUGUCAUUAAUAAUAUGCAGUGGCGUAGCUAGUGCUAGGGUUGUUGUCGUACAGAGCAGGCCAUCAUUUGCCUAAAACUUUUUUAAAGACCUAUUUGAUGAUAUUUUUAAAAUCAAUUUUGUUUAUGGUUUUUAAACUCUGUCUCCCCCUUCCCUCCCCCACUUUAUAUAUUUAAAAAUGUGUUUUAGGCUCCCAACUUUACCAUUCAACAAGACAAUCCACUUAUUUGGGCCACGAGCUUUCAGAUGGGACGACUACAGGGACCAGGACAACUACCUACGAGAACCAACUCGAACAGUUGUAAAAGUCACAGAUAUCGGGAGCGGGAAUAGUAAUUACACCCACCCUGGGUACAAAAUGAACACCUGGUGAGCACUUGGUUUUAACAUGCCCGGAGGGGGGCGGAGGGUAGGUGGAAUUAGGGUGUCAAUUUUAUGAUGGGAUGUCAGUGGGGCACCUAAAGGUAUUGAAGGUCAACGUCAACUGUGAAAGCUUCGUGUCAGUCGUUAGAUCUUGAUGUCACAUGGUUUGAUGCCAACAUUCGUUUGGGCAUGUCAGGUGCGAGUGAAAUGGUGACUGCACGGGAAAUAUGUCAUCGGGGAAAUCUGGGUGCAAGUUGACGGGGCUGAAUACCCAUCGGUUGGGAUAUGUGCCAGGAGACUGGUUUGAAUGCCAGUCGAUGGUAGUUGGUACCAGCAGAAAGGACUGAAUGCCAGGCGGUAGUGGUUGGUACCAGUAGACAGGACUGAAUGCCAGGCGGUAUUUGUUGGUACCAGCAGACAGGACUGAAUGCCAGGCGGUAGUGGUUGGUACCAGUAGACAGGACUGAAUGCCAGGCGGUAGUGGUUGGUACCAGCACACAGGACUGAAUGCCAGGCGGUAGUGGUUGGUACCAGUAGGCGGGACUGGAUGCCAGGCGGUAGUGGUUGGUACCAGUAGACAGGACUGAAUGCCAGGCGGUAGUGGUUGGUACCAGUAGACAGGACUGAAUGCCAGGCGGCAGUGGUUGGUACCAGUAGACAGGACUGAAUGCCAGUCGGUAAAGAUUGGUUUCAGUAAGGUCUCUACAAUCCAGCAUUCGAAACCAAGGUACUAAUGUUAUAACUUGGUCUUAUAGGUACACAACCUGGCUGCCAGAUACACAUGCAAACGAAGACUCGCUGACCAAGUUCACAUAUUACAUUGAUAUAAAACAGUCCAACGUAACAGGUAGGUCACCUGGACAUUUAAGACAGAGGUAAAGGUUAACUAUUAUCACCAGAGAUUUUGAGUUUUCCCUCUCCAGCAGGUUACUGUAACAUAUAUCUCCCAUCUUCUCCAGCAGAUUACUGUAACAAAUAUCUCCAAUCUUCUUUAGCAGGUUACUGUAACAAAUAUCUCCCAUCUUCUUCAGCAGGUUACACUGUAACAAAUCUCCCAUCUUCUCGAACAGGUUACGCAGUAAAAAUAUCUCCCAUCUUCUCCAGCUGGUUACACUGUAACAAAUCGCCCAUCUUCUCGAACAGGUUACGCAGUAAAAAUAUCUCCCAUCUUGUCCAGCAGGACACACUGUCACACUUAUCUUCCACAUGAUACACUGAUAUUUUGUAUCUUUUAUUUUCUUCGCCAGGAAAAUUUCAAGCUGACCAAAAUGAACGUUUCGCUUUCUUCGGCCCGUCCAUGCCGGGGGCGGCUGAUACGGAGCCCAAAAUGCUCCCCGUGCAGUUCACGGCGCCCUAUUUUGACUGUGGGGGCGCCAACAAGUGGGUGGUCAGUGCCGUGUCGCCGGUUGUUGAUUUUAUGCCGAGAUAUUCAAACUUUACUCACCUGAGACGUCAGAAGUAAGUGCUACCUGAUUCAAGAGGAGGUGAGGGGGGGGGGGGCGGGGGUUAAUUUAAGAGGACAAGGCUAAAUUGUUGGGAUGAGUAGAAAUUUAGAUAGCUUAAAGCAANUCACAGUUUUGUGAUACGUGUUCUGAGACCUCACUGAAGUCACAGUUUUGUGAUACGUGUUCUGAGACCUCACUGAAGUCACAGUUUUGUGAUACGUGUUCUGAGACCUCACUGAAGUCACAGUUUUGUGAUACGUGUUCUGAGACCUCACUGAAGUCACAGUUUUGUGAUACGUGUUCUGAGACCUCACUGAAGUCACAGUUUUGUGAUACGUGUUCUGAGACCUCACUGAAGUCACAGUUUUGUGAUACGUGUUCUGAGACCUCACUGAAGUCACAGUUUUGUGAUACGUGUUCUGAGACCUCACUGAAGUCACAGUUUUGUGAUACGUGUUCUGAGACCUCACUGAAGUCACAGUUUUGUGAUACGUGUUCUGAGACCUCACUGAAGUCACAGUUUUGUGAUACGUGUUCUGAGACCUCACUGAAGUCACAGUUUUGUGAUACGUGUUCUGAGACCUCACUGAAGUCACAGUUUUGUGAUACGUGUUCUGAGACCUCACACAAGUCACAGUUUUGUGAUACAUGUUCUGAGACCUCACUGAAGUCACAGUUUUGUGAUACGUGUUCUGAGACCUCACUGAAGUCACAGUUUUGUGAUACAUGUUCUGAGACCUCACUGAAGUCACAGUUUUGUUAUACAUGCUCAUGUUCUGAGACCUCACUGAAGUCACAGUUUUGUUAUACAUGUUCAUGUUCUGAGACCUCACACAAGUCACAGUUUUGUGAUACAUGUUCUGAGACCUCACUGAAGUCACAGUUUUGUUAUACAUGUUCAUGUUCUGAGACCUCACACAAGUCACAGUUUUGUGAUACGUGUUCUGAGACCUCACACAAGUCACAGUUUUGUUAUACAUGUUCAUGUUCUGAGACCUCACUGAAGUCACAGUUUUGUGAUACGUGUUCUGAGACCUCACACAAGUCACAGUUUUGUGAUACGUGUUCUGAGACCUCACACAAGUCACAGUUUUGUUAUACAUGUUCAUGUUCUGAGACCUCACUGAAGUCCCAGUUUUGUUAUACGUGUUCUGAGACCUCACACAAGUCACAGUUUUGUGAUACGUGUUCUGAGACCUCACACAAGUCACAGUUUUGUUAUACGUGUUCUGAGACCUCACACAAGUCACAGUUGUGUGAUACGUGUUCUGAGACCUCACACAAGUCACAGUUUUGUGAUACGUGUUCUGAGACCUCACACAAGUCACAGUUUUGUUAUACGUGUUCUGAGACCUCACACAAGUCACAGUUUUGUUAUACGUGUUCUGAGACCUCACACAAGUCACAGUUUUGUGAUACGUGUUCUGAGACCUCACACAAGUCACAGUUUUGUUAUACGUGUUCUGAGACCUCACACAAGUCACAGUUGUGUGAUACGUGUUCUGAGACCUCACACAAGUCACAGUUUUGUUAUACGUGUUCUGAGACCUCACACAAGUCACAGUUUUGUGAUACGUGUUCUGAGACCUCACACAAGUCACAGUUUUGUGAUACGUGUUCUGAGACCUCACACAAGUCACAGUUAAUUAUGUUUCUGUUUGAUAAUGUCUUUGUAGGUUUGUGGGCGUGGUCGUCAUGGACAUUGACCUGAACAAGAUUGACUUCAACUCUUGUGGGGUCAGUCCAGGGAACCCAGGCCCCAGUUAUUUGUCUGGGAUAGACAGGUGUAAGAGAACCACAUCGGUAAGUUCACCUGUGCUUAUGGCAUUACCAUUGCAUCUGGCCAAUUCAGAGCAUUCACUGAACCCAUUAGCUAAAAUAUAUUUUCGCGAAACGUCUGUUAAAGAAAUGGCCGUUAAUUUUUUUCACACUUAGGCUUAACAUACAAAUAAAAAGUGGAUAUUAAUAUGUAUUAUCGUUAAAGUUCAGUUUAAAAAAAUGUUAAUGGAUUUUAAUAUAAAUUAUUAUUAUUAUUAUUAGUAAAGAAAUGGCCGUUAAUUUUUUUUUAACACUUAGGCUUAACAUACAAAUAAAAAGUGGAUAUUAAUAUGUAUUAUCGUUAAAGUUCAGUUUAAAUGGAUUUGUUAAUGGAUUUUAAUAUAAAUUAUUAUUAUUUGUCCGUUUAAGAAAGGAUUUAUGUGCUCGCUAUGUCACUACAGCACAAUCAUGUACAAGUGGUAUGUCUGGAUACCUGGGCUGGAUUAUAUGAUAAGUCAGUUGUACUUCAUUAAAUGACAGAAUGCAGGGGAAAAAUAAUAUGACAAGCCCAUUGUAGUUCAUUAGAUGACAGAUUGUCGAGGCAGGAUUAUAUGACAAGCCAAAUCAGGGCAACUUAAUAUGAGCAUAAACUAGGCACCAAUCAUAUGAGAUAAUAACUCGGCAAUCAUUAAUUUAACAUAUAAUAACAUAUUUGGGGCAUUACAUACCAUACAAACUCCACUGUUUUGUGAGGUUUCUGAAUAAUUUUAUAUUAUGUCAUUACACCCCCCCCCCCUUUUUUUUGGAGUCUAGAUCGAGAUUUGAUUUGACAUUUUUACCGCCGUUAUAUAAAAAAAUCCACAACAUUUUGAGUAAUAUGUGUACCAAGUUUAGAUCUAAAAAGUUCAUUGAAUCAAGGACAUAACUCUUUGAAUUUAGUUAGCCAAAAUCUUGACAUCGCUCUCCAGAAGGUAAAUGCACUUGAUACAACUAUUGAUAUCGGNCGGCAAUCAUUAAUUUAACAUAUAAUAACAUAUUUGGGGCAUUACAUACCAUACAAACUCCACUGUUUUGUGAGGUUUCUGAAUAAUUUUAUAUUAUGUCAUUACCCCCCCCCCCCCUUUUUUUUGGAGUCUAGAUCGAGAUUUGAUUUGACAUUUUUACCGCCGUUAUAUAAAAAAAUCCACAACAUUUUGAGUAAUAUGUGUACCAAGUUUAGAUCUAAAAAGUUCAUUGAAUCAAGGACAUAACUCUUUGAAUUUAGUUAGCCAAAAUCUUGACAUCGCUCUCCAGAAGGUAAAUGCACUUGAUACAACUAUUGAUAUCGGGAAAAGGAAAUAAUGAAAGGUAGACACAAAUACCAACACUCGGAUAUAUUGAAAUGUUAAUAAUCAGAAAUUAAGGGGUACAGACGUAGAAAGGGGUAUAGAGAGAAAAAGGUAAGUGAAAGAAAGGCAAAAGAAGGUUAACGAAAACAUUAAGGAACUAAUUGGAUGGAACUAUGAGAGAUUGCCGGGAAAAAGGAACUAUGAGAGUCUGUCCGGAAAAAGGAACUAUGAGAGUCUGUCGGUAAAAGGAAAUGGGAGAGGCUGUCGGGAACAUGACAAUAUGAGAGGCUGUCGGGAACAUGACAAUAUGAGAGGCUGUCGGGAACAUGACAAUAUGAAAGGCUGUCGGGAACAUGACAAUAUUAGAGGCUGUCGGGAACAUGGCAAUAUGAGAGGCUGUCGGGAACAUGGCAAUAUGAGAGGCUGUCGGGAAAAAGGAAAUAUGAGAGUCUGUCGGUAAAAGUAAAUGGGAGAGGCUGUCGGGAACAUGACAAUAUGAGAGGCUGUCGGGAACAUGACAAUAUGAGAGGCUGUCGGGAACAUGACAAUAUGAGAGGCUGUCGGGAACAUGACAAUAUUAGAGGCUGUCGGGAGCAUGGCAAAAUGAGAGGCUGUCGGGAACAUGGCAAAAUGAGAGGCUGUCGGGAACAUGACAAUAUGAGAGGCUGUCGGGAAAUCGGAAACAAAUGGGAGGGCAAUUUUAGGUGUGAUCGGGGGAGGAUUUUCGGUUGACAUCAGGUGAAUGGUGAUUCAUUUCAUGUGAAAUAUUAGUGGAUCGUUGAGUGUAAAGCGAUUGCAUUUUCAGUUGAUUAUAAGAAGGAAGGCAAUCCUUUGUUAUUUUGGAUGGAGAAAGUAACGCCAUGAAAGAGGAGACAAGGACAUGAGAACGGAGGGCAGGGGAGUUUUGAGCACAUUUGUGAGAACAAAGGCAGAUCUACGUCUCUGGUAAUAGAUGAAUUGGAGGCUUUCUGGACAGCAGAUUGUAAUUACAUUUUAACCAAAAAAAAAAAUAAUUUUCUACAAAAUUGGAGAAACAAAGAGACGCCUAGGCUUGAGAAAGAUAGAGUUGUCAAGAGACCGCCCUAAUCAGGGCGCGGAUCAGCUAGGGAUUUCUUGAGAACCUGGAAGUGAAAUCAAUAAUUCACGUCUUUUAAACAACACCGCUGCUGGACGUUAUACCGCUGCAUUGUAGAAAGCUGCAAACGUGUUUUGCUGGACCAUUAGAAACGAUUUAGAAAAGUGCGUUCCCGAUAUGGUGGUCCGCGGACCUACAGUGGUCCGCGAGCUUUAUUUUGCCGGUCCGCACAACAUGUAUAUUUACGGUCAAAUAAAGAAGAUUUCAUAAAUAAAGCUGGCACCUGCCCUGGGUUCAUUUUCGGAACUAGUCCACUGGUACGCCAGACUUAUGAUUGGGUAAACGCUGCUCUAACGCACGUUACAUCAAUUUUUCUUUUUACUUAAUUCCAUUAAGUCAACCAUUCAAUCAAUCACUGAGUCAAUCAUUAAGUCAACCAUUAAGUCAAUCACUGAGUCAAUCAUUAAGUCAAUCACUGAGUCAACCAUUAAGUCAAUCACUGAGUCAACCAUUAAGUCAAUCACUGAGUCAACCAUUAAGUCAAUCACUGAGUCAAUCAUUAAGUCAAUCACUGAGUCAAUCAUUAAGUCAAUCACUGAGUCAAUCAUUAAGUCAAUCACUGAGUCAACCAUUAAGUCAAUCACUGAGUCAACCAUUAAGUCAAUCACUGAGUCAAUCAUUAAGUCAAUCACUGAGUCAAUCAUAAGUCAAUCACUGAGUCAACCAUUAAGUCAAUCACUGAGUCAACCAUUAAGUCAAUCACUGAGUCAAUCAUUAAGUCAAUCACUGAGUCAAUCAUUAAGUCAAUCACUGAGUCAAUCAUUAAGUCAAUCACUGAUUCAACCAUUAAGUCAAUCACUGAGUCAAUCAUUAAGUCAAUCACUGAGUCAAUCAUUAAGUCAAUCACUGAGUCAACCAUUAAGUCAAUCACUGAGUCAAUCAUUAAGUCAAUCACUGAGUCAACCAUUAAGUCAAUCACUGAGUCAUUAAUUAAGUCAAUCACUGAGUCAACCAUUAAGUCAAUCACUGAGUCAAUCAUUAAGUCAAUCACUGAGUCAAUCAUUAAGUCAAUCACUGAGUCAAUCAUUAAGUCAAUCACUGAGUCAACCAUUAAGUCAAUCACUGAGUCAACCAUUAAGUCAAUCACUGAGUCAAUCAUUAAGUCAAUCACUGAGUCAAUCAUAAGUCAAUCACUGAGUCAACCAUUAAGUCAAUCACUGAGUCAACCAUUAAGUCAAUCACUGAGUCAAUCAUUAAGUCAAUCACUGAGUCAAUCAUUAAGUCAAUCACUGAGUCAAUCAUUAAGUCAAUCACUGAUUCAACCAUUAAGUCAAUCACUGAGUCAACCAUUAAGUCAAUCACUGAGUCAAUCAUUAAGUCAAUCACUGAGUCAAUCAUAAGUCAAUCACUGAGUCAAUCAUUAAGUCAAUCACUGAGUCAAUCAUUAAGUCAAUUUGUCGUUAUUAAAUUUUUCAUAACGUGGAUUGUCACCUCUCUCUCCCUUUGUUUAUUCGGCUAGGUCUUAGAUGUCCAUAUGUAUUCGGCUAGGUCUUAGAUGUCCAUAUCUAUUCGGCUAGGUCAUAGAUGUCCAUAUCUAUUCGGCUAGGUCAUAGCUGUCCAUAUCUAUUCGGCUAGAUCUUAGAUGUCCAUAUCUUUUCAGCUAGGUUUUAGCUGUGCAUAUCUAUUCGGCUAGGUCAUAGAUGUCCAUAUCUAUUCGGCUAGAUGUUAUAUGUCUAUUCUUUCCCUCAGAGUGCGGAGUUGUGUAUAAAUGUUUCUCUAUUCAAAGUGCAAGCACAAGGCAGGAUUCGGCCUCAAAAGGGGUGGAUAUAUCUGUGUUUGCAAACCGGGUACCCGCUGGCCGUGGUGGCAAGAGCCGCCCUACCAGGGCGCCGACAUUGAAAUGGCCACGGAGGAGGAGUACAAGGCUGGCUUCUUGUGCUUAAAAAAUCAACGUAAGAAAAUGUGAAGAAUGUCUGUUGGCAUCAACACUCACUUCAUUCAGUCUGUUGGCGUCAACACUCACUUCAUUCAGUCUGUUGGCGUCAACACUCACUUCAUUCAGUCUGUUGGCGUCAACACACAAUUCAGUCUGUCUCUAGGUGUCUUGGUCUGUCAAUUAAUGUCAUCAGACUCUAUAGUAUGUCUGCUAAAUGAACGACUAUUUCUGUAUUGUGUAUGGGCCAGUCUUGUUUUCAUUGAUUCAUAGCAGUUUUGAUAUUUUACCUGGAUAAUAAUAUUUUGUACUGUAAUCUUUUAAACUUGUUUGUCUAAAUGAGAUGGGAACGUUGAAUCGAUGAAGUAAGUUUGUAAUUCUUCCGUAAAUUAUAAAUUCCAAAAUUAUUUGCCUUACUUUGAAUCAGGCCUGCACAACCCAGAAUGUAAGGAGGGCCGUAAAACAUUACAAAAAACUUGUGCGGGCCAAACAAACAAAAAAAAAAAUCGGACAAGGGGAAAGGUAUUAAGAAAAUAAUAAGAAUAAAGAAUACUUCGUUACUUCGCGGGCCGCAAAGUGAGUGCUAGUGGGCCGCAUGCGGCCCGCGGUCCGUAUGUUGUGCAGGCUUGCUUUAAAUGUUUCUUUAAUUAUAUUAAUAAACCUACCAGCCAUCACGACCAGAUAUAUAGUACUGCCUUCAGUGAUUCUUGGCAUAUAGUAAAUCCACCGGCCAACGAUCCCCAGAUACCUUAGUCCUGCCUGUCAUUGAUCGUUACCCUGGUGUCCACUUUGAACUAGGGGACCAGAUCGUCAGUAGCGGAGGUCCGCCAGCGAACUCUCAAGCUGAUGGUCAAGCCGAGAAGCAAAGAUCUUCAGGUAAAGAACGCUUUUACCCAAUCUGGUCGGUCACCGUUGUCUUAUUAAUCAUGAUUAUCUAAGCGCCCCUACACAUGUUAGUGGUUUUUAUUAAUCAAGUUUAUCCAAGCGCCACCUACAUUGGGCAUCACAAAAUAACACUCACUCCUUUGGAAACUUUAGAUUUACGAUGUUACUCUCUAAGAGAUGAUAUAUUAUAUAUAAUGCUUUUAUUUUGACACAGACGAUAACGAAAUAGAGACCAGACGAUUUAUAUAUAUAUAUAUAUAUAUAUAUAUAUAUAUAUAUAUAUAUAUAUAUAUAUAUAUAUAUAUAAGAAUGAGCUAGAGUUACAUAACGCCAAAGGGGAUAUACUUUUUAAGUACGUUCGGAUUCCUAAAAACAAUCAUAGUUAUUUUCUGUUAUUUUACUGAAAUCAAAUCAAUUUAAAUGUGCAAAACAAUAUUUUAAAUCCGCUUUUAUUUUAUUAAAAGUUAAAGUGUUAUUAUUCUAAAUUACACAAAUACAUUUAAAAUAUCAAACAAGGAAUUAUUUUAAGCAUUUUACCCGAAUGUAAAAGUUAUAUACGCCUCUGCUCGGAAUACAUAGGCCUACCGUCCACACUUACGGUAAUAUUAAUUGUAAUUGUAAUACACUCAGAAAACCGAGCUCGUGCUGUGUUAUUCUCACUAUUUACACGAACUUUGUAAUGAACACAUCUUACAUAUGAAGAAAAAAAAACAACAACAGCACGAUAGAGCGAAGCCGCGAAAGUGGAAGCUCGAAGUGGCUAGGGACGACUGUAAUUUAGGUUUAUCCUGAAUAUCUCGGCGAAAGUGGAAGCUCGAAGUGGCUAGGGACGACUGUAAUUUAGGUUUAUCCUGAAUAUCUCGGCGAAAGUGGAAGCUCGAAGUGGCUAGGGACGACUGUAAUUUAGGUUUAUCCUGAAUAUCUCGGCGAAAGUGGAAGCUCGAAGUGGCUAGGGAUGACUGUAAUUUAGGUUUAUCCUGAAUAUCUCCUCCCCCCCCCUCCCCUCCCACCACCCUGUUACCUUGCACCGCUAAGCUCACUGUAAAGAUCAUAGAAAUUAAUUUAAGUUUUGGGAUGUACGGAGUGAUGGCUUUAGUAUGAUAUGAGUUGGAAAAAUUGAGCAAGUGAGAUGGCACGACAUGUUUAGAUUAAGAAGGUAAUGGAUUCUUCAUUGCAAUUUUUGUUUUCUAGGCGAUGUCCAUGGUGACCAACACUCGCAAUCACGUGAUCCAACAGACCGGGACAGCAUAAAAAAGAUCAUCGAAGAUGCGGAGAUGAUACGAGAGUUUCGGAUAAGAGUGUGUUUGCUUUGGAGACUUCUAGCCUUUGAAGAUACUGAAAUUAUCUAUAGAGAUUUGUCUGGACAUUUAUAGAGAUUUGAAUGGACAUCUAUAGGGAUUGGACUGGACAUCUAUAGAGAUUUGUCUGGACAUCUAUAGAGAUUUGAAUGGACAUCUAUAGGGAUUAGACUGGAAAUCUAUAGGGAUUUGACUGGACAUCUAUAGAGAUUUGAAUGGAAAUCUAUAGAGAUUUGACUGGACAUUUAUAGAGAUUUGACUGGACAUCUAUAGAGAUUUGACUGGAUAUCUUUAGGGAUUUAAUGUACAAAACCACCCAUGCGGUCACCAAAUACAAGUCAACAAAAUAAAAGUCAAACCCAAAUUGCAAUGACCCCCACGAUAGUUAUUAAGAGACACAGCCCAGAUGCAAAAUGUUGAGAACCGCUGACAACAAAAUGAAGUUAGGAAUUAUAUUUGUGAAUAUUCAACAACUUGAAACAAUGGUGAGCCAGUAAUAGGAUAGAUUAAAGCCAGAAAUAUCUAAAUUAGGCUUAUAGCAAAGCCUCUAGAGCAGGCCUGCACAACAUACGGCCCGCGGGCCACAUGCGGCCCACAAGCACCCAGUUUGCGUUCGCGAAGUAACGAAACAUUCUUUAUUCUUAUUAUUUUCUUUAUUGCUUUCCCCCGUCCUAUUAUUUUUUUGGUCCCGCACAAGUCCUGUCCUAUUUUCCUUUGGUCGCACAAGUUUUUCAUAAAGUAUUACGGCCCGCCUUACAUUUUGAGUUGUGCAGGCCUGCUCUAGAGGUUAAAUACACUAUAAAGGGUGGGCGGAAACUUUAAUAGGAAUAUAAUAUGUGCCUUAAAUAGAGGGUUGCCGCCAUAUGUUUAAUGCAAGAUAUCAAGUUCAGGUUUUCUGAGGUCACUUUACGAGUCACCUGUCAAAUAAAUAUCCAUUGUAAAGCCUAAGCGUGUAUGUACAAACAUACGUCGGUCAUCAAGUUUGUAUGUACACACAUACGUCGUUAAACAAGUUUGUAUGUACAAACAUACGUGUACAAACAUACGUCGGUCAUCAAGUUUGUAUGUACACACAUACGUCGUUAAACAAGUUUGUAUGUACAAACAUACGUCGGUCAUCAAGUUUGUAUGAUGAAACAUCCGCCAUUAAAUAGUUUGUAUGUACAAACAUACGUCGGUCAACAAGUUUUUAUUUACAAACAUACGUCGUUAAACAAGUUGUAUGUACAAACAUACCUCUGUCAUUAAGUUUGUAUGAUGAAACAUCCGUCAUUAAACAAGUUUGUAUGUACAAACAUACGUCGGUCACCAAGUUGGUAUGAUGAAACAUCCGUCAUUAAACAAGUUUGUAUGUACAAACAUACGUCGGUCAUCAAGUUUGUAUGAUCAAACAAUCCAUCAUUAAACAAGUUUGUAUGUACAAACAUACGUCGGUCACCAAGUUUGAAUGUACAAACGUACGUCACUGACCAAGUUUGUGUGAUCAAACAUCCGUCAUUAAACACGUUUGUAUGUACAAACAUACGUUUGUCACCAAGUUUGUAUGUACAGACAACAGCCGUUCAAGAAUGUCGGCUAUAAAUGAAAGAGGUAAUCAAUUUUCUCCGGCGAAUGGCCCGCAAAGUUAGAAUGGGGGAACACCCUGUAUUGCAAAUCAUUUAAUAUGGAUCUUGAGAGUUAUCAAGAUAGAAUUCGAGAUGCGUCAAGAUAGAUUUGUGAGAGCUUACAAAGUAGAAUGUGAUAGAUUUGUGAGAGCUUUCAAAGUAGAAUGUGAUAGAUUUGUGAGAGCUUUCAAAGUAGAAUUUGAUAGAUUUGUGAGAGCUUUCAAAGUAGAAUUUGAUAGAUUUGUGAGAGCUUUCAAAGUAGAAUUUGAUAGAUUUGUGAGAGCUUUCAAAGUAGAAUUUGAUAGAUUUGUGAGAGCUUUCAAAAUAGAAUUUGAUAGAUUUGUGAGAGCUUUCAAAGUAGAAUUUGAUAGAUUUGUGAGAGCUUUCAAAGUAGAAUUUGAUAGGUUUGUGAGAGCUUUCAAAGUAGAAUUUGAUAGGUUUGUGAGAGCUUUCAAAGUAGAAUUUGAUGGGUUUGUGAGAGCUUUCAAAGUAGAAUUUGAUAGAUUUGUGAGAGCUUUCAAAGUAGAAUUUGAUAGAUUUGUGAGAGCUUUCAAAGUAGAAUUUGAUAGAUUUGUGAGAGCUUUCAAAGUAGAAUUUGAUAGAUUUGUGAGAGCUUUCAAAGUAGAAUUUGAUAGAUUUGUGAGAGCUUUCAAAGUAGAAUUUGAUAGAUUUGUGAGAGCUUUCAAAGUAGAAUUUGAUAGAUUUGUGAGAGCUUUCAAAGUAGAAUUUGAUAGAUUUCCAAGUACAAUUGCCGACCGACAAAAGGACAGAGCGACAGUCUGACUUCUGGCAGACGACCGAGAACCCAAAUCAAUUUCGGCUGAAACUGAAAAACAACCCAAAAUUAACUUGUCUGUUUCGGCCGAAGACGAAGCUAUGCCGAAAUCGAUCAUUUGGCAACUUUCGGCACGAAAACCGAAACUGAAAUUCGGUCGGCCUCUAGACCACGUGAAGUCCCAAUCUGAGUUAUUGAUUAUCUUCGAACACGCGGAUCGCAAUGUAAUCGAUUUUCUGUGAUAAUAAAUUGGUUAAAAUUGAAUUAAUUUUUUUGAUGAUCUAUUGGAGUAUAUGACAUUCUUGCUCUGGUUGUUCCUUAUAAGGUAGGUCACCCUAGUGUCAUUAGUCACACUACGGGUGAACGACACAAUUCUACAGACAUCUAAAUAUUACCCCCAUGUAUAAUAGAUGGAGGAAAAAAAAGUUUCCCAACAGAAAAGAAACUAAAACAGUGUCCAAUGAAGCAUUGACAGAAAUGAAAGCAAACUUUAAUGGACCGAAAUACUAUGACAAGACAGAUGUUGACCUAAAAGCAGACAUGUGAUCAGAGCAGACAGACACUUCUCACAAAGGGAUUGAAAUGAGUUUUGUGCCACAAUCACGAUGCCUUGUAAACCAUAACAGAGGCGAAGUGGUCCAAGUGGUGACUAAUAUUUUACUAUACACAAACACAAUACAAAAUAUCGUAUCCGGAAAUUUGAUCGAACGAAAUUUCGUCGACGGUAAAUUGAUCGACUGAAAUUUGAUCGAAACUUUUUUCUUCUUCAGUUUUUACGUUAAAAUUUUGCUUCAAAUUUCUUUUUGAACGCAUUAAUUUUUGUUUACUAUAUAGUAUAAUGCGUUCAAAAAUAAAUUUGACAAAAUUUUGACGCGCCAUUUGAAAAAAAAAAAAAAAAAAAGAUUCGACUAAAUUUCGUUCGAUCAAAUUUCCGUCGAUCAAUUUACCGUCAACGAAAUUUCUUUCGAUGAAAUUUCCGGUAAUUACGAAAUAUACCUCAUGAAAAUCCGAACACCCUUGGAGCUGAUAUCAUAUUAAUCUCAAUGCUCCAAUGAUUAGCUGAUGAAUAAUCGUCUUUUCUUCUUAAACUUUAUAAUGUAUCAACACACUAUAGAAUGUUCAAUUUUCUUCAAAUACAUUACAUCACCGGUUCUCAACCUUUGGGUCACACCCCCUUGGGGGGUCGCACGACCCUUUCUCAGGGGUCAUCUAAGACCACCUGAGAACACAUGUGCUCUAUAGUUAUGAUGUAUAACCGAAAAUAAUUUUGAGGCUGGGGUCGCCACAACACGAUGAACUGUAUAAGGGGUCACUGUCAUAGGAAGGUUGAGAACCACUGCAUUACAUGAAUCGACUGUCAUAUUAUUCCAAAAUGAAACCUAAGAACAAGGUAUGCUAAACUAGAAUCCACAAAGAAGGCAAAACUUGAAUGCAGUCCAUCGAUUAUCACUUAAUUUAUGUGCAGUCCAAUUAAUUAUUAUCAGAUUAUUCCACCUCCAAUUUCUUGUUUCUUUCUUCGCUCUCGCCGACUGGCCAGUUUUUCUCAAGUCCCAAUACUCUUGUAUAUUACAUAAUUAAUAACUCCCUUAGUAAUUAUGUCCCAUAUAUCCAGAUCUGUGACAAGUUGUACUAGAGCGUAUGAACUAAUUUGAAAUAUUUGCAGGCAAGGCGCGACGUCAAGUCUCCACAUGCAAACGAUGACAACGGAAGCACAGAGGACGAUUACGUCAUCAAAAACAUGGUGGAUGUGGACGUAGAGAGAUUGUAUCAGGUAAAGGACAGGAAAUUCUCCAUGCUAUUCCUGGGCAACUUCACUGUUUACCAACGAGAAUAUUUAUCAUUGCUUAAUGUCGUUGCCAUGUAUCAAUACUGAGUACCUGCAUAAGUCCUCAUCAACUUAACGCUUCAGGAAAACUUUAACAUUUAUAAACCAAACAUUUAGACAAAAUAAACAGUCGAGAUUGUCUACAAAGUCAUAGGUUUUAUGCUAUAGCCCAACAAUAAAAUUUGACGAAAAAUGUCUUUAAAAAAAAUGACCAAGAAGAAUAAUUUCAAAAGAUUGUUUGACAACAACAGGACUCGAGAAUGGACCUUUUAUUAUUUCUAUUUUUAUUUUAUUUUAUAUUGGUUGGGGGGGGGGGGAAUUUUUGAGAUCAAAAUGCACCCAGAGCCUUUGAUUCGUUACUACAUGCGUUGCAAAUCGUAAAUUUGAUCGAAAGAAAUUAAGGCGACGGUAAAUUGAUCGACGGAAAAUUGAUCGAACGGAAAUUUGGUUGAAACUUUUUUUCAGUUCACACGUAUAAAUUUCCGUCAAAUUUCUUUUUGAACGCACUAUACUAUAUAGUAGAACAAAAUAAUGCGUUCAAAAAGAAAUUUGAACCAAAUUUUAACGUAAAAACUUUUUUUUUUUAAUUUCGACCAAAUUUCCGUUUGAUCAAAUUACCGUCGAUCCAUUUACCGUCGACGAAAUUUCUUUCCAUCAAAGUUCUGGAUACGGGUGCGAUCCAAUCCUGUACUACUUAUUAGUUUUGGUUUACAUUUUUUUUUUUGGAGCGGGAGUCAUACAAUUAUCCCAGGCGAUGCUCUAUUCAGCUAUUUGCAUAUUAUAUAAAUAGUGGACUUUCAUGUCUCGGUUAGCGGCGUCCACUCCUAUCACCUUAUAUUGAUCCGCAAAGAGGUCGAACUACUUUUGAUGUGUAUUGUCUUGGUUUUGUGUGUGAGACAGUAAACUCUAAGGACAGUCCUGGAAUGAACAGAACCUGGCAAAGCCACUGCUUCAUGACCUUCGACCUCAAUGUUAGCUUCUCAUUUCUCUUAAACUUUUUAUUGUAGUUCAUCUCGCCCUCUUUAUUUCCCCCCCCCCCUUUUUUUUUUUGCAGGAUGACGUCAGAGCACACGUGGAACUAAGAAACCAAUUGCUGGCGGGAAAUGGCAUGAAAAAAAACUUGAGUUCGAUCGAAACCACGCUGCUAGAGAGUAUGACUAAACUGCGCGACAGACACGCCGAGCGUUUUAAAAGUCUGCCAACCUCAGGUCAUGGACGAGUGAAGCGGGCCUCUGUGUUUGAUGACCAGGCUUUUGACAGGUAAGAUUAAUUGGAGAUAUCAUUUAUAAUUUAAUUUUUUUUUUUUUUUUUUUUUAAAGAAGGCUUUAAAAAAUAACGACUGCUUUGGCAGAAGUAAAAAUAUUUAAUGACAAUGAUACAGAAUUUCAAUGACAAUGAUACAGAAUUUCAAUGACAAUGAUACAGAAUUUCAAUAACAUGUUAAGAUUUUCAAUUACUGAUUUUAAAAAAAAAAUUAAAACUUAGGGAUUUAAUUUAUAAUGUUUUUUUUUUUUUUAAAUUCUUUUAAUUCGUUAUGAAAGGAAGGUACAUUAUUUUUUUUGGGAGGUAUAAUUUUUUCCAAAUUAAAGGAUGAUGAAAAUUAUGCGUCAGAAGGCCAGUGUAACGUCAUCCAGUUGUCACAAACUUCCGAACCACCAACUCUUUCUACCCGGUGACGUCAGUUACGGAGUCAACGCACAGUUUGAGUCUGAAGGAAGAACAGCCCUACGGCUGUCUCACUUCCUGUCUUUAAUGCUGCAGGUCUGUGUCUUAGGCUGUCUCACUUCCUGACUUUAUCUUUCAUUAUGAAACUGCGCUUUUUAAAAGUUACCUUCUGCUGCUAUGACUGUUUUAUGUACUUAACUAGCUGUUUUGCCCCGUGUUGAUCGGGGUUUCGCUUUAUAGGAAUAUUAACAAAACCACAGCAAUAUUGAUUUUAAAAAAUCCACAAGAAAGAACAUGGGCAAAACCAUACCAAUUUUUUUUUUAAUAAAUAUUUUUUAAACUUUAAGAGUUUUUGGGUACAAAAAAAAAAAAACUUUUUAUGCCAAAUUUAAAAAAAAAAAAAAAAAAGAAUAACAGUAAAUGUAAAGAGGUGUGCCCAUAUUUAGCAUCUCCUUUAUUUGAAAUUAAUGUGCGAUGCCGCACAAAAAAUGUGAUUAUUUUUAAAGAAAAGAAGAUUGCACAUUAUUUUAGGACUACGUAUUUGUUUAUGUGAAAUUUUAUAUUAUGCUAUGCAUAAAAGCCGUUUGAGAUUGAAGAUUUAUUGAGAAAAAACGAUUUCAGCUAAAUGAUAUCGUGAACUGUAAAGAUAUGACAUACAUAAGUAUCGUACAGCUCAUAACAUUCCCAAGCCUCGUAUUACAGGCCAUGAAUAUUUCGAGACCUGUAGUGCUCCCUUUGAACAUUUCUGUGUUCGUCUAUCGCAAGUUCAAAUACUAAAAGCAUAAACAAUAAUGCAGCGACGUCAUUAGGUUGGAAAUAGCUUAGUGCGGAAAACUCAAAUUUUCCCCCACCAAACCCCUCCACCGACCCAAAGACUUUCCAAAUUGACCAAACCAUUUUAAACCGUGACGAUUUCAAGGUCCCCCUCUGCUGAUACGCCGCUCUGGUGGAAGCCCUUUUCUGGUGGAAGCCUGCUGUGGUGGAAUUCUACUGUGGUGGCAUUCUGCUGUGGUGGCUUUCUGCUAUGGUGGCAUUCUGCUUUGUUGGCAUUCUGCUAUGGUGGCAUUCUGCUGUGGUGGGAUUCUGCUUUGGUGGCAUUCUGCUUUGGUGGCAUGCUGCUGUAAUGGCAUUCUGCUUUGGUGGCAUUGUGCUGUAGUGGCACUCUGGUAUGGUGCUUCUCUGAUUUGUUUUUUCCAAAUAAGAUCGGUUAUGAACUCUACUAGGGCAAACUCUGUUACACUUGCAUGUUCACCAUGUUGUUGUCACCAUUCUGCGGCCCACACGCCCGCACAGCACCAGAGACGCUACAGCAGUUAUGUUCAAUCUACAGAGCGCUCCACCGGGAAUGACCGAGGAAAACUCUAGGGCGGGUCCCAGCCUACAUGUCGAUCACAUGUUUGGAGAGGUCCUGGCCAACGUAAUGGGCAACUUCCGGAUUGUGUCAGCAGGCCUUUACUUUGACAGGUAACAAAUGUGACCUAGAUCAUGUUUACUUGGUCAUUAGAAUGGUAGAAUCAAAGUAAAAUAUAAGCUUUGUUCUUAUAAAAAAAAUCUCUGUUCACACAAGGUUUUUAAAAAAUUUCCCGACAGUUUUACUUAUCAAUUGUAUCUUCCUCCCGAGAUAGUCUUAAUUAAAUCUAUUUAAAAUACAAGACGAGGAAAGAGCAUUUAGAAGGUCGGCAUAAUAAUUGCCUACAUUUUAAAAUAGUUUUUUUUUUUAAUGAGUUCUGUAAUCUCCUUUAUAUGGUAAAUAAAAUUAUAGUUCCUUUAAAAAAAAAAGAUUAAAAAAACAACAAAAAAACAAAACAAAAAACAACAUUCCAAUUACUUUUCAUCCGACAGAAAUUGUUUGUAAAUUAAUAAAAGUUGAUUUCUGUUUACAUAAAACUGCAAUGAAUACAACGACACUCUUCUUGCAAUUUCUUAGAGUUGUUUGUUGUUGUUUGUUGUUGUUUGUUUGUGGUCGUUUUUAAUUUUUGUUAUAUUAUGUUGUGGGAGUGGGAAAAUUUUGCAGAUAACAGACGAGAAACCUAAGGUUUCCUAAAGUGAUAAGCUUAGCUUUUGCUGAGAAAGCUAAACAAAUUUUUUUUUUAAUUCAUGCAUUUUAUAAUACAUCUAACUUUGCGCACUGUUUCUGUGCGCAACGACAAAAGGAAACCGUGGCCCAUUCACUCAAUGAUAGCCGACGGCAGCUUUUUGAAUUUUACUUGAGAUGACCACAGGCUGUGUCCAUGUUGGCCAGUAAAUUCCUAUAUCAACUAUUCCUAAGACACAUAUCAAAUGCUCAUUUUGGACUACCCUUUCUAACGUGGAAUGAGUCAAUGAAUUGUUCACUGAAUAAGUCGGACAGUUUCACCUACGUCAAACUUCUGAGGGUGAUAGCAAUGAACAGUUUUGAACACAGGUAUGGUAGCUUUGCCUUCAAGAGGUCAUUGCCAUAGGAGUAAGUCUGACAAAUGAUAGUGAUAGAAAUGAAAAUUCUUGAACACACGUAUGGUAGCUUUGCCUUCAAGAGUUCAUUGCCAUAGGGGCAAGUCUCACAGCUCAUGCUACAUCUCAAGGACUUAGAUUCACAGAGGGAUGGGCUGGUGCUUUGGUGACUGGUCCUUUUAAACGCAACCCACGUGAUAGUCGGCCUAUCAAUCAGAUCCCCUUCACGUUUUUAUAUACUUUGCCUAUUUCCAGUCAGGCAUUCUAUAUAAUGGCUGGUCAAUGAUUACUAUGUCUUAUAUAUUUCACACUUUGACUCAAAUCGUCUAUAGAGUUCCUGUUUUUCCACACCUUACGCGAAAAAAUAAUUAUACUAUUUCGGCCGAAAUUAUUAUUUGUUGCACCAAUGCGCAGUAGACUAAAUCCUUCAAUAACAUGAAAGCUUUGCUGAAGAGAUCCGAAUUACUUUCAUCUUGAACAUCCAGCACUUCGGGCGAAUAAAAUAAUGAUGAGAUGUUGUUUUUUUCCUCGCUGUCAUUCCCUAGAGACGCUUUCAUCGGCCACGACGGUAAGACGAGGGAGUUAUUCGGUCCGUGGGCCUACAAGAAGUCAGGAUCGUUCUACGCCAUCGAUACGGCGGGUCUGACGUCAGCGUAUGUUGACCAAGAUUGGUUUGUCCAGGCCAAGUCAAGGUUUGCCACAAAUGUAUCCGGUGUCAAGACGUUCAAACUCAGGGCGUAUCUAAGGUAAACGUGCUGCUGCGCUGCUGCGCUGCUGCUCUAUGUGUGUGUGUUGACACGCUGUCUAGAGAAUAAAAACAUGGGGUGGAUAUGUUGUUUACGGAAAUCUGUAUAUGGGAAGUACGUUGUUCAAAAAAAUAACAACAUACAUUGAGAUUAGUGUUUUUGUGGUAAUGCAUGUAUUGAUAUGAAAUCUUAAAAAAAUGUAUACAGUUUUAAACAAUAACAGCAAUCGUCGUCUGCUAACAUAGCUGCAUCCAAGAGAGCUGUGAGAAGUACACGCGCAGCAUUUACUUUCUAUGAUAAUUUAACUUAAUUGGGAACCAGUACUAAGUUAUAUCUUAAACUAUUGAGAAAUUCUGUUUUUUUUAAAACUUUGUAUACGUAUAAAUAAACCGUAUACCGAUAGAGAAGGCUCGAGAACUUUGGAGUCAUCAAAACAGACACAGAAAGAAGUGACAAGAUAGACGAAUUUAAGGUCACACAGGGGGUUUAAAAUUAUGGUUUAAAAAGGUUUACUUGGAAAUAGGAGGAGAAUGGUUUGGGGGGGGGGGUAAAUUUAGGGAUUUGUGAAUGAUGGUUUGCUUAAGGGGUACACUGAUAGGUCGCGGGUAAGGAAGUGAUGAGACAGGCCAAACCCGUACAUGGGCUGUAGCGCCACAUGAUGGAAGAGGUGAACAGGUUUUUAACACAAUCCGGUCAAACGGCUAUUGUGAUGUACUAUUUGCCGCCUGAUAGGUCAGACAUAGAGGGUACCAGUACGUCACGGCACGAGAACUUCCCCUUGAUAUACCGGGCAGCGACCUACGAACUGGGCUUCUGGACAAGUCCUCACUUCCGCUGCGACGGGAAAGUGGACCAGUGGGUGAUGACGUACGUUAGUCCGUUUUUCGGAGUGGACUCCAUGGGAACAAAACUUGUGUUCAGGUGAGACAAACGCGCGAUGCUCAGGUGAGACGAAGUUGUGAGUUUGGGUGAGAUGAAGGUGUGCUGAAGAUAUUAGAUAUGCGUUAGGGUGUGUUCCGUAGCACUUUCACAGGUCAUUCUAGUCAUUUAUUUGAUUAAUAGAUGCCUCCGCCAAGAACUGCAAAAAACUGAUAAAUCGUCCAGUAACAGAUUGUGCCACCAAUAACUGGUGCCACAGAUUCUUUGUUUAAAUUGAUUGGUUUCGCUGACGCUAAUGGAUCCUUAUAAGAUUACCUCCUUCUGUUAGUUAGUACUGUAUAAAAUAAUGGGGGUGGGGAGGGGGUGGUAUUGACUUCCAUUUGCUCAGCGUUGCGCCAGCACUGUUUGUUUUCAUUUACUUCCAGGGGCGUCACCACUGUAGAUGUCCCCCUAAACCUCCUGGAAAUUAAUCAGUGCCCACAAGAUUUCCGGGUGGCGAACGCUUUUAAAAACACGGCGAGGUGUGAUUAUUUUUCUACAACAGUAAGUGCCGGUCAACGCCAUUGCACCUACAGGGUUAUAUCAUAGAUGUCUGUUGAAAUGUAUGGACUCUGUGCAACUGAAUCACCAUAAAUCAGUGGCUCACCAAAUGGUCCAUUUAUCCAUCCAUUCUUCCAUCCAUCCAUCCAUCCAUCCAUCCAUCUAUCUCCCCCUCUUUCUCUCUCUUUCUAACUCUCCCUCCUCUCUAUCUUUCUUUCUUCCCCCUUUCUUCUCCUCUCUCACACGCUCUCUCUCCCUCUCUCUCAUACACACUCUCUUUCUUACUAUUUUUCUACCUUCUCUCUCUCUCUCCUUUAUCUGUCUUUUCAUCUCAUUCUACUUAAAGGAUCCCCCAUUUCAAUGUUAUCACCAGUGUUCUCCGCUAGAGGGCUUCCCAUUCACGCGAGGUUCCUAUACCUGCAAAUGUCGCCUAGGAUUUGAAUACUGGCACCUGGACGGCAAGGAGUGGUUCGAAGGUUCAUUUCUAGAACUUGAGUAUGAGAAGAAGAAGGCGGGAAUCUUCAGCAGGUUG